CACGAGUUACUGGCAAGGCCCUUACAAAAUUAUCAGCAAGUUAACAGAUCUAACCUACAAGGUUAACUGUGGACUUCGGGGCAAACCCCAAGUUGUACAUGUUGACAGGUUAAGACUAAAGCACAAACAGGUCUUAAGGGGCGAAUUAGUGAACAGUAAGGAGGUCCAGGUUGACGCAGACCCCUCUGAUAAAUUGAUAUUAAAUGAUGAUAUUUUGGGUAGUGAGGAAGCUGAGAUACAGCAAGUUGACAAUGACAUUGUGUUAAGUGAAACUGACACUUGUACAAGCAGUACAAGAAUUAGAAGACAGCCUAAAUGGUUGAGUGAUUUUGUUCAGUGGUAAACAGUGUGUAACACAAUUUCUUUCUCUUUGUAGGGAAAUGGCGAAAACCAAAACAACUGGUGGUGAGCCACUGAGGAAGUGUCCAUUUUGUACGUUCAAGACGGGACUUCAUUCUGAGUGGAAGGACCACAUGGCGGAAUGUUAUGAGAAAAGAUACUUUUGUAAAAAAUGCGACUAUUCAACAGACAAGAAAGUAAACUACUUGCGACGCCUAAAGAGGAACCACGCAGAGCAGCCUGAUGGGAACCAGAGCAGUGCCCAGCAAACUGGUAGAUGCUCAGACAGUUGUGGGACAAGUUCAUCUAAAGAACCCAAUGAACCAGAAUCAUCGGACGAAGAGGAGUGGUUGUCACAGGAACCUGACAUAGCCAUUGAAGAGGAGCCAGAAAGUACUGAAAGCAAAAACGCCGAUGAAUGUUCAUCUGCUCAACGCCCUCAGGAUCAAGACGAUCGACUGGUAGUGGAUGCAACCACAAGAAAACGAACACAGCCACUGCCUGUUUAUACUCCCAGCAGGACAAAGACCCCAAGGCUUGAGAAUGUGAUAGGUGAUGUUGCAGUUCCAGUUCAGACUGUAGAUAAGGGUGUUCAAACCGACCCUGUGUUGUACACUAAAUCAAUUAAGACGACAACUAUUGUAAAGGAACAUGGUCGCAAGAUUGUGACAGUGAAAAGAGAGAAGAUGUUGUGACUGUAAAUACUCUUUUUCAUGGUGUUGAUUUGUUUGAGCAUGUAGUUGUAGUGUAACUUAGAUCAUGCGGGACGCAUGUUCUUAAGGGGAGGGAAGUGAAACAGACAGUGAAUUAUCUCCCUUUGACUGUAUAAUCAAAAAUAAUUGUAAAUAUUGUAAUUAAUGUGUCUGUUGAUUAAAAAGAGUUAACAAGAAUUAAUAUCAUAAAAGAAUAAAACAAACAAAAAUAGUUAUGCAUAUGUAGAUAGUCAGGUAGACUUUUUAAACCCCCUAAUUAGAUUGUGGUAUGUAGAGUCUUGUAGCCUGUUAAUAUGUGAAUGCUGGAACACAUAUAUAGUGAGCAGCCACUUGGAUCCAGGGUUCGUUCGUUGUCUAAAUGAUAGAAGUAGCCGAUAGUUAUUGACAGUAUCACAUUGGUGCUCUUGUGAGUAAGAGAUACAUAGCUAUAGUUAAAACGUAUCUCAUUUCCAGUGUUAGAAUCAUUAGCACUGUGGGUUUUUGAUAUGCAACUGGCAUAAUACGGCAAGUGGCUAUAUAUCAAGUGGCAUUGCAACUGGCUGAUGCAAGUGGCAAUUGGCAAGUGUCAUAUGCAACUGGCCCAUGCAAGUGGCUAUAGACAGUUGGCAUAUGCAAGUGGUUAGGCCAGUGACUUACAAGACAAGUUGUUUAAAUUAAAGACCAGUUGAAUAACCAGGGGUUCAGGACACCAGACAGGUGUAUAGAAUAUAUGUAUAUUUUGUAAAUUGUUUAACUUGUUGUAUUUCGUUAAGCACCAGACAGGUGUCAAUAAUAUAUGUAUAUAUUGCAACUAGUUGUACUCCAGAUAGGGCUUAUCAUUGUUCAAUAAAACUCGGGUGAACCGGGCACGAGGCUAGACACACGGUAGACGCCCGGCACGUUACAAUACCUUUAUUUCCGUUGGAAAAAUUUAUGAUAAUUGUCGAAAAGGGUGGGAGGGGUGGGGCUUCCUAAUUCUACUUGCCAAAGCAACACGUACAAUUAAGAAAUACUCUUAUCGAUAAGCCAGAAGUGAUGAUAUUGUAUAGGUUGCCAGUCAACAAGAGACCACAGGUAUCUGAAUUAAUUUUAAUCAAUAAAUAAAUAGGAAAAAAAACUCUUUUAUACAUAUAGAUAGAGUUCUUUUUUUUUUUUUCUUUUUUUUUGUGUGUAUUUAUAUCUAAGUUACAUGUAUUUAUUGAUUAAAAUUCAGAUACCUGUAAAGAGACAUCAAUGGAAAUGCUCAUGCAUCUUUAUCAUAUUGUUUCCGUUGUUUAUUUAUGUUACAAUCAUUUAUGGAGCGCCAAAUUAACAUAAACUCAAAUAAUUGAAGAUAUCUUCAAUUAUUUGAAGAUAUCAUCAAUUAAUUUGAUGCGCGCAACAAAUGAAUUAAAGAUCUCUUCAAAUAAUUAAUGGUAUCUUCAAUUCUGAAUUAUUGCGCGAAUUAAUUGAAUUGAUGAUGGCAUUAAUUCUUCAGCUGAAUUUAUGCGCGCUUUAAUUGAAUUAAUGAUCUCUUCAAAUGAAUUAAUGAUAUCAACAAUUGAAUUGAUGCGCACUACAAUUCAAUCAGUGGAAGAGAGCAAUAAUUGAUAUAAUGCGCGCAUUAAAUCAAUUGAUGAGAGCAAUAAUUGAAUUGAUGCGCGCAUUAAUUCAUUUGAUGAGAGCAAUAAUUGAUUUAAUGCGCACAUUAAUUCAAUUAUUGCUCUCUUCAAUUGAAUUAUUGAUAUCUUUAAUUCAUUUGAAGAGAGCAAUAAUUCUUUUAGAGAGCUAGAGCAACUAAAUAGUUAAAGAUAUCUUCAAUUCAACAUAUCCACAAUUGAAUUGAUGAUAUCUUUAAUUGAAUUGUUGUUCUCUUUAAAAGAAUUGAUGCGCGCAUUAAUUCCAUAUACAAAAGCAUUGUAAAUGAUUUAAAGAUAUUUCAAUUUUUUCUGAAAAAAGUAUUUAUGAAUAAUUAAUUUAUACUUGUACUUGCAAAAGCUGACAGGUAGUAAUUUUAGACCUCUGUUGCAAGACUUUAUAGAUUUUGUUUAUUUGUUUAGUGCUGUUAAUAACUGUUAAUAACUGAUACUGCAUUUUGGAUCAGUAUAUAUAAAUUGCUUCCUAUGUUGCUUUGUUUUUGUUUAAAAUGCAGAUGAAUCUAUAUGCAU